UCAUCUGGGAACACACACAAAAGAUAAAUGGAGAUACCAAUAACUAGUCACCCAAAAAAAAGGAGCAAUUUUCCUUCCUUGUCCAAUCUAUGUUAACUGAUUUUUUUUUUCUCUCAGUUCCUGUUCUGUGAGCUGUAAAGUCUUUUCCUUGAAUCAUCACCCUACUGAGAUCUUAGACGCUUUCAGCUUUUAAUAAUGUAUGAAAGUUUCCAACCAAACACUCCCCUGGUCUGCAAUUGUAGAAGUUGUAACACUUUACACUGAGAUUUAUUCCCUUAACUGUUCUGAAAACAAAAGUACUUUUGCUGUGAGAAACUAUUCUUACAACUAACUUCAGUUCGAUCUCUUUCCUACUGAAUUCAGAAGCUUUUAAUUAUUUAUGUGCUAAACCAAUUGUUUGAUAUUUUCUUCCCCUUCUACUAUGGUAAAGCCCCACUAUAGAAACAAACGUCCAUUAACACUGCAGUAGGCCUUUAGGCACCUACUAUCUGAACCAUGCUGCUUUCAAAUCUUGGUUCUGAAAAGACUAACCUUGUUAAGUACUAAACCCCUUCACAAAACAAAACAACGUUCAUAUGCCACCAAUUUGAAAAUCAGAAUCCAAAAAUAAUGAUAAUAUAUACAAAACACACCUUUCAAUGCAACCCACACGUUGUGCGUACCAUGAAUAGAAUGGUUGGAGGUACUGGAUCAUGAAAAUUAACCCCUCCUUAUACGACAUCAUUAUCCUUUGUCAUUCUAAUGUAUCCUUUGUCAUUAAACUUAGAUUGAGUGUAAACCAGGUCACGGAUGAUGGAGCUAAAGUACUGGCUGAGGAACUCCUAAAGUACAAAAUUAUUAAAAUCCUUGGCCUGUACAGGAAUCAGAUCACUGAUGUUGGUGCCAGGUUCAUUGCCCAAGUUGUUGAAGAAUGCCCACAUCUUCGAACAUUAAAAAUUGGACUCAACAAACUUACAAGUGAAGGAGGGAAAUUAUUAGCACAAGCAAUUCAGAAAAGCAAAGCCAUCAAAGAUAUAGGGAUGUGGGGGAAUCAGAUUGGGGAUGCAGGUGCAGUCGCUUUUGCUGAAGCUAUAAGAAACCAUCCUUCAAUAAAAGAGCUCAGCCUGGCAGCCAAUGGAAUUUCGACAGAGGGUGGGAAAAGUUUGGCGGCAGCUCUGCGAGACAACAGAUCCUUGGAGAUAUUUUGGUUGACAGAAAACCAGUUGAAUGAUGAAGCAGCUGCAUUAUUCGCAGAAGCACUCAGGGUCAACAAAAGCCUGCUUCAUUUAUGGAUAAUAAACAACAGAAUUACAGACGUGGGGGCAAAUUGUUUCUUCGACAUACUCAAAGAAAAUGCAACAAUAGAAGAGAUUUGCUUGAAAGGUAAUGAUAUCUCUGCAGAAGGAGCCAAGAGGUUCGCUGAAGAAAAACGGAUUGUGCUGUGAGUGACAUUUCCUUUGUGGUUAAUGUACUGGAGCCAUCAUACACCAUUGGAGCUGUAGAAGGUUCAACAGUUGUAACACUACCUAUAGAACACAAUAAGAAACCUGCCAGUUAUUUUCUAUGAGGUUUGCAGUGACUGGGACAAUCUGAAGGAACUGAAAUUAAGCUGGAAAACCAGUUUCCAAACCAUGGCCUUUUCUACUGCUGUUCAAGAAAUACUGAAAAUGCCUUUGUGACUCAUUGCAUAUGAGCAACCUGUAACUGCUGACACUAACAUGAAAGUUUUUGUACAAAGACUUGAAAGUAAGCAUGACAUCUAUCACUGCUGUUCUUUCACCACACAUUAAAAUAAUUUUUACUGAAGCUGUGUCCAUUUGGAAUUUCCAUCACUGAAAUGGCAGCCGGCAGCUAAACGUUUGUACUUAUUUAUAGUUAUUUACGUUAUGACUUACUGGUGGACAAUAAAAUAAACUUGUUGGAAUGCCUUAAGUUUGUAACAAAUAAAAAGUUACAUUGAUCAGAA